AUGUACUGCGACACAGAUUAUCGGCACAUGGUAACCAAAAAUGCCAUGGUAGAGUCCCCUGAAAAGGUUCUGAAUAUGUUCAACGAGACAGAAGUGGUGGAGAUUCUGCUGUUGGGUUUUCAGAAUCCACAGAAUGUAAACUCUUUUUUAUCUGUUCUGUUCCUUGUGAUCUACAUCUUGACGUUAGUUGGGAACCUGCUGAUUAUUGUAUUGGUGGCAAAGUUUCAGAGGCUGAAAUCUCCCAUGUAUUUCUUCCUCACUCAGUUAUCGGUGUGCGAUAUCCUUGUAUCCACCAUCAUAGUCCCCAACAUGCUCCAUGUUAUAAUUAAUGGAGGAAGCAGAAUAUCGUUGACUGGCUGCAUCACUCAGUUUUACUUUUUUUCUAUUUCAGAAGCCACAGAGUGUUUCCUUCUUACAAUGAUGUCCUACGACCGGUAUUUGGCCAUUUGUCACCCGCUGCAUUACACCUCCAUCAUGGGGUUUAGGCUUUACCUCCAACUCAUUCUCAUUUCUUGGCUUUUGUCAUGUAUACUUUCAUUUUCUGAUGCCCCAUUCCUUUCUGUUUUAGAGUUCUGUGGUCGUGUCAUUGACCAUUAUUUCUGUGAUCUUGCUCCCCUUAUAGAGUUGUCUUGUACAAAACAUACUCUUCUUGAACUUGUAGAUUUGAUCAUAGGCAUACCAUGUGUAGGUGUCCCUUUCUUCUUUAUUAUUUUUACUUAUGUCUCCAUUUUUAUCACCAUCCUUGGAAUCUCCUCCAGCAUCGGGAGACAGAAAGCCUUCUCCACCUGCAGUUCACACUUGACUGUAGUGUGCGCCUACUAUGGGACUAUGGUAGUAGUUUACAUUGCCCCCACCAAAAGGCAUUCUUUUAACGUUAUUAAAGUAUUAUCUCUUCUAUUUUCAAUGCUAUGCCCAUUUUCUAACCCGAUUAUAUACAGUCUUAGGAAUGAGGAUAUCAAAAUAAGUUUGAAAAAGUUUCUGUCAAAGAGCCCAAGAGGUAUUAUGGGGAACUGA